CUGGGCCCCGGCAGCCUUUCAGAACUAAAUCAUCUUUUCAGUUUUUACUUUACGAGAAGUGUGUAUCGUAGUUUUUAUGUAAAUUACUGAUUGUAAUAAAUUUUUUGUGGAGCAUAAAAAUGGAGGCAUCUGCCACAGAUAUGGAAUCAUGUUGGGACGAGAAAGACGACUUGGUUACCAAGAAGACAGUGGACUCCCUGGCCGCUGAACUGGCUGCUGCCAUAACUGGGAAGUAUAUGAUGAAGAAAGAGUCAACCAAAAUCUGUCCAGUCGAGAUUAAAGAAGUCUCUAGUCCUAAGCUUCUAGUAAGUGACAUGACGAGUGAUACAUGCGUGGCUUCUGAGAGUAUAACUUCCUUUACCUCAACGGAAACUGUCGCCGAGGAAAAGGACCCCUUGAACAAAUCCUUUAGUUGCCUGCCCACAAAAACCCCAAGUUCUGAGAUUCUCAUGUGCAAACAACCGCAAAAAACCAAACUAAGCACUCACAUUCUUCGCUUGCUCAGCGAUUCCACUACCGGUGACUUUAAGGUCUAUGUCGGGAAAUACAAAUUUCUUUGUCACCUCACCAUUUUGCAACUGCACUCGAAAUACUUCAGGAACAACGUUGAUAUAGAUACGCGGAAGGUUCAGUUGCCCGCGGAUAAAGUCACUCCCUCGAGUUUUUAUGUCCUUUACAGCUGGAUGCUGGACAAGAGAGCGAAGACCAAAAACCAAAAAUGUCGUUGUUGUUUGGUGGAAUUAUACAGUGCAGCCAAGUUUUUGGCCGUUGAGGAUAUAUUAGAAUUUUGCUGGACGGUAGCCAGUGGGGCUGAUAUAAGUGGCAGUCGGGCUGUUGCUCUGUUUUUGGAGGCUCUUUCUUGGGAUAUACCCGAAUUCAAGAACAUCUUGAUAUCUCGUAUUGGUGACUUCUUCCUGCCCCUGGUGGCAUCCAGGGAGUUUGUGAAAUUGGAUAUUUAUUCGGUUCGGGAGCUGCUGAGCAUGAACAGUCUGGGUGUAAACAGUGAAAUCGAGAUCUUCAUGUCUGGAGUGAGGUGGCUUAGCCACGAUUGGGUAAAUCGUGCAAUCUACUUGGAAAUGAUAAUGGAAUGUGUGCGUUUUUUUCUGCUACCACCACCCUUCCUUCGGUACUUGGUCGGUGAUCAGGACACACAUAUCUUUGAUGUCAUUUCGAAGAACAAAAAAAUCGUGGAUGCCAUCUACAAGGUGUUCGUUCAAACUUCUGCUGAGCUAUGCGAUUUAGCGCAGUGUGCAGUGGAUCAGGAUUUGAAGUUGGUGGAGCAGAGGAACUGGAUAUACAAUCCACUGUGUCCGUACCAUCGUGAGCCAGCAGGUAACCAGGGGCAGUUCUUCACCUACCAGCAAUUCCUAGACUACCUGGAGACGCUACACGAUUCGCCGCCCGUGGCUCUUGACUCCUAGGUCACGGAGGUUUCC